AUGAACUCAGGGGCACGGCCCCCCCCUUACAACAUCAAUGUCACAGCAAAAACACAGUUUUUUCGGGCACCCACCCUAACUGUGAGGGAAGACCUUGUGAAAGAAGCAGACGACAUUCUGCAUCCUCCUGCUCCUCUCACCCCACUCAAGAUGAGCUCCACAAAUGGGGGACUCAUGACAGUUCAAGGGGAGGUGGUGGAGAUUUCUGCUGUAAAGAAGGUGCUGUCGGGAAAACAACACGUUCCCCUUAAAAACCUCCAGCUGAAGGAGGAUGGGUUUACCAUGGCAGUGUGCCUCUGGAGGGAGGCAGCUGUUAACAGCGUGAACGUGGGAGACCACAUCAGUCUCUCUCACGUUAAGCAGAAACAGUCCUCAUAUGGAGUACAACUUCAUAGUACAGCAUUUACACAGAUUGAGAGAAAUGUCGAGGACAGUGCUGACAUCAUCAUCAUUGGUGUGGCCACGGCAGAAAUGCCAAACCAGCUGGAGGUGUUGCUGGACAAUGGAAAGAGCCUCUACAUUCAAAGCGAGCUGUGGAGUCCCUUCGAUAAAGAACUGGAGGAGGCAGUAAUCAAAGUUACAGUUAAAAUAAGCGGAAAGCAAAUUGUACAUAUUCAAAAAUAUCAGUGCGAAUAAUUUAAAGAAAAUGUACAGUUCCUUUGUUCACUUUGUUCAAAAAUGUGAGAGAUUGUAUUUUAUAACUUAAAAAGAAUGAUUUUUUUUCCUAUCAGUAUUUAUAAUUUUUAAUGAUAUUUUGUUAAGUUCUGUAUUAUAGUUAACAGUUUUAGUAUUUUCCAGCGUUAAGUAUUUAUAUAU